GCCGCGCUAGGCCGGGCCAGCCGCGCCGGGCCCGCGGCCAUGUCGGGCUACCAGCGCCGCCCGGGCGCGCCCCCGUUGUCCCGGGCCCGGAGCCUGGUCGUUCCCGACGCUCCCGCGUUCUGUGAGCGCCGGUCUUGUCUCCCCCAGCUGGAGUGCGAGCGCUCCCGUGGCGGGGACCUGGACCCGCACUUCCUCGGCAUUCGGCCGACGGUUGUGUGCUGUGUGCCCAGCCCGGUGCUGGCUCCCGUGGGCGAUGCAGAUUUUACCUGGGGAAGGGCGAAGGGCGGCGAGCACGGCCCCCCGGGAGCCCGCCAGGCCCACCUCGGAGACGACAAGCUGGGCGGCCCGGAAGAGGCAAACCCGUUCUCCUUUAAAGAAUUCCUGAAAUCCAAGAGCCUCGGCCUCUCCGGGGAGGACGCGGGCGCCAGCAGAGCCUGCCCGAAGGAGGCCUCGAGGCGCACGCUGGGAUUUGGCCAUGAGGCCCCUGCCCCCCAGACGCUGGGGUACGGCCUGGACUAUCAGCAGCCGUUCUUCGAGGACCCGACGGGGGCUGGUGACCUGCUGGACGAGGACGAGGAUGAGGACGACGGGUGGAGCGCGGCCUACCUGCCGUCCACGGCGGAGCAGAGCCACUCCUCCAGGCUCUCGGCCGGCGCGUCGCCCUGCGGCACCUACCUGUCCUUCUUCACCCCGUCAGAGCUGGCUGGGCCCGAGUCUCUGCCCGCGUGGGCCUUGAGCGACACGGACUCUCGGGUCUCCCCAGCGUCGCCACCAGGGAGUCCCAGCACGGACUUUGCGGCUCACGGAGAAUCCCUGGGAGACAGGCACCUGCGAACGCUGCAGAUAAGUUAUGAAGCCCUGAAGGAGGAGAACUCUAAGCUCAGGAGGAAGCUGAGCGAGGUUCAGAGCUUCUCUGAGACCCAGACAGAAAUGGUGCGGACGCUUGAGCGGAAGCUGGAGGCCAAGAUGGUCAAGGAGGAGAGCGACUUCCACGACCUGGAGUCCGUGGUGCAGCAGGUGGAGCAGAACCUGGAGCUGAUGACGAAGCGGGCCGUGAAGGCAGAGAACAACGUCGUGAAGUUGAAGCAGGAAGUGGGCUUGCUGCAGGCCCAGGUGUCCAACUUCAAGCGGGAGAACGAAGCGCUCCGGUCGGGCCAGGGCGCCAGCCUGGCGGUGGUGAAGCAGAACACGGACGUGGCCCUGCAGAACCUCCGCGUGGUCAUGAACAGCGCACACGCGUCCAUCAAGCAACUCAUUUCCGGAGCCGAAACGCUGAACCUGGUUGCCGAAAUCCUUAAAUCCAUAGACCGGAUUUCAGAAAUUAAGGACGAGGACGAGAGCCCUUGAGAGAAGCCUGGGCCACAGCCGGCGCGGGAACCCUUGCCCAGGGCAGAGGCCCCGUCAGGGCCCGCGGGAGGAGCGGCUCCCGCCGGUCUCGCGUUCUCCGUGCGGGUUCUGAUGAGCCGUGGAAGACGUUUUUGUAAAGGCCAGUGAUUUUUUUAAAAUUACUAAACACGAAAACCGCGGUUCUGUGAUGCAUCUCCGUUCCUGGCCCAGAGCGUGAACCCUAAGCCGGUCUGAGCGUCCCUGAGCGGACGGUCGGCCCGCGCGCCGGUGCCUUUCUCGUCCCUGUCCCUCUGGGCCGCAGUCCACCCUGCAGCGCCCAGCGGCUGGACGCGCUGUCUCAGGGACUGGGGGAUCGCACAUUCCACUCGGGGCUGGGGGGGAGUUCUCAGUGGGGGUCGGACCCGUUCCCAGGGGCACCUUGCCCUCCGGCUGCCUUCUGCCCGCCCUCCCGCAGGGGCGGGCGUACCGUGCACUACACCCCUUUCUGGCUGUUUUUACAGAGUUGUUUUCUAGAAUAAACUUCCUUCUCCUGCCCCAUUUCGGUUUCAGCUUUCUGUUCAAAUAAAUCCUGAAG